AUGGUGAUUGUAUGCGGGAAACUACUGCUCCUUGCCAAUUUCAUUGCUUUAGGAGCAACACAAAGUUUCUUUGGCCCUUCUCCUUUGCUAAACAGUUCUAACAGCGAAGUCACCAUCGCUCCCGAACUAAAUCCGGCAGGUAUUGUUUCCGAUCCGAUGGUGCCUGAGCCGGUGAAGGCACCUCUAAUUAAUAUGCCAACUCAUCAGAAGCAGAUGUUUAAAGUUCCGGAGGCGCAAUCUCUCAUUCUUGGUCGGCAUCCUGCAGCCGGUGGAACGGAUGUAGCUAUAGGAUUCUCGGCUGGUACAUCGAAUCCAGGAACAGGAGCUUGUAUUUCAUGUGCUGGAAAAGGAUGA